ACACACACACUCCUUCAGGGACUGGGACUCAGUCACUCGGUGCUCCUCAGAGUAGAAUCUGUGUAUCCGAGUCGAGGAAACUGUGAGCGGGAGAGAAACUCACACCAUUUCUUUCUCUUCGACUUUUCCAUACAAUGUGAGGAAAUGGCCGAGCCAAGGUCUGACUGGGUGGAGAUUUUGGAGCCCCGCUCACGUGAGCGCAUGUACGUUAACCUGGCAACGGGCGAAUGCGGCUGGGAGGCACCACCCGGCGUGAGCGUUCGACAGUCCGACGGUAACCAGUGGUGGGAGCUGUUUGACAAGAACAACAACCGUUUCUACUACUACAACUCCACCAGCAAGCAGACAGUGUGGCACCGGCCACAGGGCUGCGACAUUGUGCCACUGGCACAGCUUCAAGCCAUCAAGAAGAGCUCCGAGGCCGAGCUGAAAUGCAAUGGGAAGACCGGGAGGAACAACUCUGUGGCUGCAGGGCUUUCACCCAACACAACCACCUCUCAGGAGCUAGAGAGCAGCAAGGAGGCGCCAUCGUUAAAGGGCAGAGGGGGCAGUUUGGAGAAGAGGAGCGAGAGUAGCAGAGAGCCAAAUCCAAGAUGGCAGCCUGCUCCAGGCUCCAAGGCAGCCAUGUUGGUGAAAGUGAGCAGCACUGGCAGGAACCAGCACAUCACCCCUGCUAGCCCCCGCCCCCUUCUUCAUUUGAGCCCGGCCACCAGCAGCGCCCCCUCUCCUAACCCCACAUACCCAAACAGGACUGCCUCCUUUGGCAAGAUGGACCCCAAACAGUCCUUUCAUCUCCUCAAGAAAGCCGACAGUGGCAGCUUCAGCAUGGUGAUGCCCAGCUCUGGUGUCCCUUCAUCUACAAAUGUUAUCCAUCCUUCUUCCCCUCAGUACGCAGCCACGCCCCCUGUGCCAAUCUACGAUGAGCCUCCAGCUUCAGAUCCACCCAUUUAUGAUGAACCACCAGCUGACAUGGAAGUGGAAGGGGCUGACUACUUGACCCACGACUCCUAUAGGCCUACGCACAGCAUGCCGCGAUUGGCUCCACCCCCUAAACUUCUCCAAUUCCCCCAAGCCAAGCACAAGCGCCAUCCUUCGGCUGGGGAGUACAGUGCAGCUGGGCGCGAAUGCAUCAAGCACAUGGUGAAUGUGGACCUCCAGGCAGGAGAGAGCCCAAAAGAGGAGCUUUCCAUGGAGAAGAAGCAUCCAUGGCACAGCCGUCAAAGCAGCCUGGCAUCUCAGGAGUAUCCACCACCCUCCACUGUCACCUACCAGGACUCGGGCUAUUCAACGGGGCCCUCACCUAGUCUGCGCAGGAAGACCCGCAGAAGGGCAGUGCCAGGGCACGGGGCAGGAAGUGGCAGCGAGCUCAAUGAUAAGCUGAUGGCUGAGAUGAAGGUGGCUUUAAUGAGCUCAGAAGGUUCCCUGAAGGGUACAACGCUGCCUGAACCAGUUUCAGGCUCAGGGGAGGAUGUGAUGGGCAGCGAGCGGUCACUGUACAGCAGACACGCAGAUGCAGCACUGACGUCAACCGAGGGGUUAGCAGGAGGGCAGAAGAGGACAUACGAGAAGGUGGACUCACUGGAGAAGAGUGAAGCAUCUCACACCAGUCUGUCCUCUCCAGAGCCACCUGCAUCACCUUCACAGACAGGAACACUGGAAUCCAAAAGCCAGGCUGACCUCCGCUCUCAACACAGAAAAGAAAACGGAGAUGACAUAACGGGUCACGGCACCACUUCUGUCUCCUCACUGCCUGCCCUCCAGGUGCAUACCCCCUCCCCUGGUCCCACCUACCAGUACCCCUACGCUACCCUGUGCAAACCCCCGAUUGAUGUGGAUAUGGAAGCGUGGGCUACCAAGAACCUGAACCAGCACACACGAGGCCUACUGCGUCGACGUGUCUCCAUCGCCACCAUGCUGUCAUGGAGCAGUGCUUCCAUCAGGAAGCCUAUGCUGAUCACGAGCGACCGCGCUGUCAAAAAAGAAGCGUGUGACAUGUUCAAGUUGGUGCAAACAUACAUGGGUGAUCGGCAAGUCACGCGCCUUGACCGCCGCCAUGUUGCCCUUCAUGUAGUGACUAAGUGCUGGAGCAUGCAGGGCCUGAGGGACGAGCUGUACGUCCAGCUGAUCCGGCAGACCACGGAUAACCUGAACCUCAGCAGCCUCUGUGCCGGCUGGGAGCUCAUGGCCAUCAGCCUGGCCUUCUUCUCUCCAUCACCAAAGUUCAGACGCUACCUUGAGGGCUACAUUCAGAGACACCUGGAGCCCAGUAACGACAAGAAGAUAUUACAGAGGAUUGUGGAACAACAGGACAUAAAGAACAAGAAGAACUCGAAGUCCAGGAAGAAGAGGAAACAGAACAAUGAAGAAGAGGAAGAACAGGGUCUGCCAAUCAGCACUUACGCCAAAUACUGCUACCGCAAGCUGCAGAAGGUUGCCGUGACUGGGGGUAAAAAGGGUUUAAGGAAACCUACCCUGGAUGAGAUUGAUCACGGUAGGAACGCCAUAGUGACGCCGUCACUGUUCGGAAGUGCUCUGGAGGAGAUCAUGGAGAGGCAGAGCCAGCUGUUCCCUCACAGGAGGCUGCCCUGGGUGCAGGUGCAGCUUUCUCAGUGUGUUCUGGCACUCGGUGGAGCUCAGACCGAGGGGAUUUUCAGAGUCCCGGGAGACAUAGAUGAAGUGAAUGCCCUCAAAUUACAGGUGGACCAGUGGAAAAUUCCAGAAAACCUCUCUGACCCGAACGUUCCUGCGUCACUGUUAAAGCUGUGGUACAGGGAGUUGGAGGAGCCUGUGAUUCCACAGAGUUUCUAUACACAGUGUAUCAGUCACUAUGAGGAUGCUGAGGCAGCCAUCAGCGUAGUGCAGGCUUUACCAGAGCUUAACAGACUGGUACUGUGUUACUUCAUCCAUUUCUUACAGGUUUUUGCACAGCCAGUGAAUGUAAGUAAGACUAAGAUGGAUGUGAACAAUCUGGCCAUGGUGAUGGCACCCAACUGCCUGCGCUGCCAGUCAGACGACCCGCGCGUCAUAUUCGAGAACACACGCAAAGAAAUGUCCUUCCUCCGCAUACUCAUCGUGCAUCUGGAUACCAGCUUCAUCAAGGACCUUGCGUGACAUUUAAGCCAUGACAGUGUGCCUCCCUGCUCAUCCGUCUGCCCACGGGUGUCUCUUUCUUUACAGGGUUUAGACCAAUGGCGUUGUUGCCUAUUCACAGUCAUGCUGUUUAGCCCUGUCAGUGCUUUAUAACUCUGAGAAAAUAAUACAAAAAGACAUACUGAUGUCUUGAGGAACGUGAUGGAUAAACUUGUUUUCUGAUUAAACUUUUCGCUAAAACCUCCAAAUAUGAAUCACCAGCAAAUGACUCACUGAUUCACUGAAUACCAGCAUUCAUUGGAGGUUUCUUGCUUGUUUGACUCUGAAUCGACUCAGAAUCAUUUUGAGUGAAUCCUCACCAGAAACGCAGAUGCCUUGUAGCAGAUGCUACUGUAAAGACUGAAUCGAUUCAGAAGUGAAUCUUUUUUCACUGGCAGACACUCCAACAUAUCUGCAGCAGUCAGACUGUUAACAUACGAAACCAAAUGUGCAGGGAUCUACGGCUCUUUGUAUUAUUACUAAUAACUCUUAUUUUAAUAUGUCGGGUUUGGACACUAUUUUUGGACAAUUGUUAUCUUUUUUUCUCUGCUAGAUUAUCUGGACAAUCUCAGUGGAUUUCUUUAAUUUAAUAUGGUUUGAGUGUGUUGGAUAUUUAAUGGAUACUAAUCUCUGUGCUAUGGAGUGUAUGAACCUCUCUUUUGGUCUUAGAUGUUCUGCAAACUUUAAAAAUUCAGUUUCAUGUUGUGUGUAUGUACUGCUCAUGUUGACGUGUGUCUGAAAGAAAGAUCUGUUGGCUCUGUUAUGGCCUGCUGAUUUUGAACCGUGUGUGUGUGUGUGUGUGUGUGUGUGUGUGUGUGUGUGAGUGAGAUGGCUUUCUGAAAGGUCAUCCUUCUGUAAUCAAAAGCUCAAGGCAUGGAAGGUGCUUCAAAACAAACUCUCCUUUAUCUCAUCACCUUCUGAGAAAUGAUUCGUUUGAUGUCGUCCAUGCUAUUUUUACCCAUUACGUGUUUCAGCAGAAAGGCAUGCAGGACUGUUCACCGCAUUCGAGCAAUCAAGAUUGUACAGUAAGACAAUAUACAGUAUUUAGCUCUGGAACUUUGGAGACCAUUUACAGUCCUGACUCCAGGAAGUACGGACGUCUAGUAGUAGUGAUUCAAGGCGACUAGACUUGUGUUGAAAGCAUUUUGUCACUCAUGCAUGGGCUUUCAGGAGUCCUUAAACCCACAUGUCUUGACGAUUAAAACACAACUCAAUCCGCGGAUGACUGCAAAUCUUCACGAACAUAUUUUUACUUUAUUAUUUUCCAUUAAACGGGGCAAUUUCAUAUCUCAGAUAUGUGGUUAAGGGCAUAGCCAAGACCCAGGCUGUAGUAUAUUUAGCUCUGUGGUCAGACUUUGGGGUUUAGCACCCAGUAUGGGAGUGUUUUGUUUCUUGAUUUUGGAACGAGAUCGUUUUUUGACCGCAUGUGUUUGCACACAGUACACCCUGACUUCUGUUUUUGUUAAGAAGUAAGCCCCAAAUAAGACAGUUGCAUCAGGGAAAAAACAGUCAGUCAUGAUUAGCUGCUUGUUAAAACCCCUUGCUGACGUUUCCACAACCAUCCAUCUGGGUCCUGCUGCUCCACACGGCCUGACAGCACACGUUACAGACGCCCUUAAUCGUUUUGUCCAGAACUUGGGGAAGAUUCCUUGUGCCAUAGCAGAAAAUACAGUAAUCCAGCUGGCUGCUCUUGAAGUUCCCUUUAAUGAAGAUCUUUUAGACAUGACAUUUAAGAAUCUUCUCACGUGCCUAAACAGCAGGUCUAUGCCACUGAUGUUUCUCUGUUAUUCUGUAAAUAUGACUGUAUGUCUCACAUUAUACGUUUACCUAAUUUAUCCCUUUCCAAUCAAACAUUACUACAUCCAUGAGUCUAUUUUUACUACUUCCUUUACAUCUGUUCAGUCAGUUCAGAGUUCUGUCAUAUAUCCUGUAUUUUUAAUAUAUAAUCCUUUGGAUGAUUGUGCUGAAUAGUGAACAGAACUGUAGCAGACUACAGCCACACAAAUCCCGUGUGUUGUUGACCUCCACUAUGCUCCUGUAUUGCACUUACUCACAUGUCCUCCCUCUCUGCAGCUCUCUGUGAUCUUUGCAGGAACUAAUGACCUCUGACUCAAAUUGUAAAUAUUUUUUGUUGCCGUGGCCUCUAAUGAGCCAGCUAGAAAAAGAUGGAUGGCAAGCAUUUUAUUUCCAUCGUUUCAGAAAGAAAGAAUAAAGUUUGUAAAUUUGCAAAA